GCGGCGUAACGGUGAGGUGGCUUCGCGAAGUGCUCUAUUCUCUUUCCCUUUAGUGCGUUGCGGAUGGUGUGUCGGCGAUUUGUAAGGUAUCGGUCAUCUCUGCGCCAUAAGCUGGACCUUGUGAUAACAUCGAUUGCACCCAUCACUUGAUCUCGAAGACAGGCGUGAUGAUGCGGGUCUGGCCGCUGGUGCUGGAGAGCGUGAUGAUGGUGCUCAUGUGGGUGGCCAUCGUGGCCAUGGGAAUGACGAUGUUUCUGUUCUUCGCCUUCGCCCAAUAUCUGCACAUGAUCGCCUUCACCACCGUGCUCGGCCUCCUGCACUUCAUCCUCAACGUGUGGCUCGUCUCGCUAUUGCGCGGGAGUGUGAACCGCCGCCUCCUCGCAUUCCUGGCCCUCACACAGACGACGCCGCUCUUCUUGCUUUGCCGUAGGGCGUGGCGAUCCUUCGUGGCCGGGUGGGAGAAGAACCAGGUAGCAAAAAAACGCAAGGCGCUGAGGGCCAAGUACGCCCUUUGCAAUGGAAAAAAAUCUUCGUCGAUGCAACUGCCCGAAAUCACGGAGCAGCACACCUACAGCAGCUGCGUACCUCCGCAGUCAAAACCUGCCGCACCUCCCGUCAGUACCACUGACGAUGGGACUCCAGCACCUGACGCAGUGGAGACUGGUAACCACCUGGUGCCCAUCAAGGUGACUCCUACCAAGUUCCUGCCCAACACCAAAACCAUCAAACUUUCCUUUGACGAACAGGAAGAGAUCUACGCCGGAGAACGCAAACUUUACAAGUUCGUCGCGAGGAACAUCCAGUCACUCUACGCCGAGGAGAAGAGGCUGUCGUACCACAUCAUCGUCGACGCAUCGCAGGCCGUCGUUCACGUCUCCAGGUCAGGCGUUUGUGCUGAAGAAUUUCCUGACCGCACUGUGAAGAAGGACCCCCUUACACUGUGCAAUGAUACCCAUUAUAUAGUAAACUUUGUGAAAGGGCUCGGCUAUCAAACCAUUGGGGUCACGAAGAGAACCAAGGAUGAAGUGCAGAGCUUUACAGACGGGGACUUGAACAAACUCGUCUGGCUGCUGGUGUGGCCCUACGUCUUCCUCCUGAUCUUCUCGGUUUUAGAUCACAGGCAAAACUUUGUUCUGUUUAGAGGAGAAAUUGACAUUGCUGUUGCGAGUCCUGUGCUGGGCGUGAUCGUGUGGCUCGUGACGCAGCGAGGGCUCGACGACCCUUGGAGGAACACGCUGAUUCUCAUCCCGCUGCGGCUGUGCUUCACCGUGAGCAGAACCAUCGUCGUGUGCGCCAUCGGCACGACGUGGGUAGGCAUCGGCAUCGCAGCCUUUGCCUACGUCUCCGCCAAGAUCGUCGGGCUCCUCAGCAUCGCAGCCCACAUCACUUACGCCAAACUGAGGAAAAACAUCGAGCUCUACAGCGACGCGAUGGAAAAGUACACCUAUAAUCCCAUGUACGAACCUGUCGUCCAGGUCGCGGAGAGUCUGGUGUACUGCUGCUGGGCGAUUUGGUGGCAUAUGUACAGUCUUACUCCCGAUUACAUGGAGACUGGUAUCUUGCUGAUGGUCAUCAUUAGUCAGGUUGCUGGCUUAACCUGGCUGUGGUUCAUGAGGGCCUUCCUGAAGGAGCCGCUGCAGGACCCAAUGCAGGUGCUGCAGAUUGUAAAGGACAGGGAGUUUAGCAGAACCGAUUGAAAAUGUUUUUUGAAAACACCGUAACACUUGCCUGUUUCCCCUGUAUACCAGUUUUGCUACAAGCCAAAGUGGUUUGUAUGUUUCAUGAUAGGUCUGUGUGAUGACCAGUCUGCCUAUCGUUGAUUUCAAGACUGACGUGUUUCAUCCAUUAAAAUGCGAAUCUCUGUAAACUUCCAUCUGGUGCACCGCCAUGCAGCAGACGCGGCGUUCUACUUUAUGGUCCUGAUAGCUAGAUAUUUUCACCAAGUCUGUAAGAAAAGCCAAUGAAGUAAUGAAUCUCACACAUCUUACUAAAUAAUAUUUAUUCUCAUAUGACUCUCCGUUUCUCCUCUGUCAGCUGCGCUUAAUGGAUGCUAGCUAUAGCCGUGCUUUUAGUCAUGAACUUGGCAACGGUCCUUCCCAUGGUCCAGCUUCCUUCACGUCGAGGUUCAUAUGAUACCCAUACUCUUUAUGAUUCGAGUUGCCAUUGUGAUCAUCAUGCAUAACAUAGCGAGAGAGCCUUCAUUCACAUAGAGAGCCCGCAUGAACGAGCGAGAAAGGCAGAACAUGGACAGAGAGGAGGCGAGGAAAGGCAUCUGCUGAGAGCGAGUGAAUAGGAGAGGUCGAAGUGGAGGAUUCAGACCUCAGACCUGGUUUCCAAUGUGAUAUUCUUUUUAUUGUUUUUGAAGUUUAUGAGAUUGUUUUAAAUAAAGUGCGAAACUUG